AUGCCUGAGAAGACGAAGAGAAAAGCAGACGAGCUGGAGGAGCUCGAGAUCAAGCUCGAUGUGCAGGCUCCAUUGUCCAAGAAGGAGAAGAGAUUGUUGAAAAAGGGCAAGAAAUCUCUUGAGGAAAUUCAGGAAGAAAAGGGUGCAGAUGCUUCUGAAAAGGAGAAAGAGAAGCCUAAGGAGACAGAGUCUGCUCCAAAGGAGCCUAAGAUUGGUGUUUGGAUCGGAAACUUGUCUUAUGAUACUACUAAGGAGGAUCUGAUCCAGUUUUUGGUUGCCAAAAGUCAGGAUUCCGAAACUCCUAUUGAAGAGAAAGAUAUUACCAGAGUUAAUAUUCCGAAAAAGACUGCCCACAAAAUCAAGGGUUUCGCAUACAUCGACUUCAAGACGCUCGAGCAGAUGAAAAGUGCUGUUUCGCUUUCCGAGGAGAACUUGAACGGACGCAAGCUGCUUAUCAAGGACGCCAAUUCCUUUGAAGGAAGACCUGCCAAAGCUGAAGAACAAUUGUCAAAAAAUCCACCUUCUAGAAUCUUGUUUGUUGGAAACCUAUCGUUCGAUACCACCGAGGAGCUGUUGGAGGAGCAUUUCAGACACUGUGGUGAGAUAGUGAAGAUCAGAAUGGCCACUUUCGAGGAUACUGGCAAGUGUAAAGGGUUCUGCUUUAUAGACUUCAGAGACGUUGAAGGACCAACCAACGCUUUGAAAGACAAAACCGUGCGCAAAUUGAUCAACAGACCUUUGAGAUUGGAGUAUGGUGAGGACAGAUCUGCCAGAAAGGUUGGGAAGAAGACUGGCGAGAGACCUGCCAUUGCUGAAGAGACUACGGAAAGACCACAAAGACACGAGCCUAGAGAAUAUGGCACUGGGAGAGAAAGAAGCAGCGGAUUCCAGAUGAAGAAGCCAAAGUACGACAAGAGAGACAAUUACAGCGCCCGCGACUCGUCCAAGAGAGUCGUUUCUUCGGUUGCCUUGGCUAACGCUCCUAGACAGAGCGCUGCCAUUGUGGAGUCCAAGGGUAAGAAAACCAAGUUCGACUAA